AGUCCGGCCGGCCCUCCCGCGGGCGGCGCGGCACUUGGGCUGUCAGCUGCGCUUGCUUGGGCCGGCAGCCGCGAGCCCAGGAGCCGGGACCAUGGGCUGCGACGGCCGCGUGGCCGGGAUGCUCCGCCGCAACCUGCAGCCUACGCUCACCUACUGGAGCGUCUUUUUCAGCUUCGGCCUGUGCAUCGCCUUCCUGGGGCCCACACUGCUGGACCUGCGCUGUCAGACGCACAGCUCGCUGUCCCAGAUCUCCUGGGUCUUCUUUUCGCAGCAGUUUUGCCUCCUGUUGGGCAGCGCCUUCGGGGGCGUCUUCAAGAGGACGCUGGCCCAGUCACUAUGGGCCAUCUUCACCUCUACUCUGGCCAUCUCACUGGUAUUUGUCAUCAUCCCCUUCUGCCACAACGUGAAAGUGCUGGCCUUGGUCAUGGCGCUGGCAGGCCUGGCCAUGGGCUGCAUUGACACCGUGGCCAACAUGCAACUGGUGAAGAUCUACCAGAAGGAUUCAGCCAUCUUCCUCCAGGUACUCCACUUCUUUGUGGGCUUUGGUGCUCUGCUGAGCCCCUUGAUUGCUGACCCCUUCCUCUCUGAGACUGACUGCUCACCUGCCAAUGGCACAGCCAACACCACCUCCAGCAGCCACCUGUUCCAUGCCCACCAGGUCCUGGGUCAGCACCACUCUGAGGUCCUGUCUCGGUCCAACCAGACACCCCCUGGGCUGCCCCCCCAGGACUGGACAGGAACCCACGUGUCCUACGCCUUCUGGAUCAUGGCCCUGAUCAAUCUUCCGGUGCCUGUGGCUGUGCUGCUUCUCCUGUCCAAGGAACAGCUGCUGACCUGCUGCCCUCAGAGGAGGCCCCUGCUCCUGACUGCAGAUGAGCUUGCCCUGGAGACACGGCCUUCGCAGAGGGAAGACCCUGCCUCGCUGUCUCCAAAGCUUCAACCAGACCCAGGGCAUGAGGACCUGUUCAGCUGCUGCCAGAGGAAGAACUUCAAAGGGGCCCCUUUUUCCUUCUUUGCCAUCCACAUCACAGCCGCUCUGGUCCUGUUCAUGACAGAUGGAUUGACGGGGACAUACUCUGCCUUUGUGUACAGCUACGCAGUAGAGAAACCGCUGUCUGUGGGACACAAGGUGGCCGGGUACCUCCCCAGCCUUUUUUGGGGCUUCAUCACUCUGGGCCGACUCUUCUCCAUUCCCAUCUCCUCUCGAGUGAAGCCAGCCACCAUGGUUUUCAUCAACAUGGUCGGCAUGAUGGUGACAUUCCUGGUGCUUCUCAUUUUCUCCUACGACGUCAUCUUCCUGUUUGUGGGCACAGCGAGUCUGGGGCUGUUCCUCAGUAGCACCUUUCCCAGCAUGCUAGCCUACACAGAGGACACUCUCCAGUACAAAGAUAAUCCAGGAUCAGGGCAGCUAUAGUUUCCUGGUCUGUGGCGUGAUCUUUGGUUGCUUGGCUUUUGCCUUCUACAUCUUGCUCCUAUUUUUCCACAGGAUGCACCCUGGACUCUCAUCAG